CUCGUCACUACCACCACCUUAACCUCUCCCUCACAUCACAACAUGGACUCCUCCAAGACCCCCGUCAAGCUUGCUCGCGUAAGUGUCUGCCAAGAGAGCACGCACACAUCAUCUUCUUCAUCGUGAUAGAGGGGCUGGCGGCACACAAUUGCGGAGGGAUCGAAAGUUAUAGCCGCCCAUGCUGGUCGAAGGACUGCGACGGUGUCGGCCUCAUCGGGAGGCGAUAGCACCGUCGAUGUUGCUGCUAUCAGCGUCUGCGCAAUGGCUCAAGAGGUAGACGUAUGCUCCGUCACGAGAGCGAGCAACCUCUACUGAGGCUAGACGAUUUGAAGCUGGAGUUGGCAAUGGGAGGAUGAGGGUUGACGAGAGGCAUGGAGACUGCUCCAGGCAAUGCUCUCGCAUUUCUAGCCAGAAUACUGCGCUUGAAGAGCAUCGCUCGUUGAAGCUCGUAUUGCUGCUCUUCGUCGUCGUCGAGCAGCCAGAUGAUGAUUGCUUGGUCAUUCCGAACUUCUAUCCCACGCAUUCCCGGACAUCCUCACUCACAUCCAUACCGCCCCUCUACCUCGCAGGUCACCAAGGUGCUCGGCCGUACCGGCUCUCGCGGUGGUGUCAUCCAAGUCCGUGUCGAGCUCAUGGGCCCUGAGGACGGCAACCGCUCCAUGAUCCGAAACGUCAAGGGCCCCGUCAAGGAGGACGACAUCCUUGCUCUCCUCGAGUCGGAGCGUGAGGCUCGGCCGCUUGCGUUAAGCAUCAGCCAAUACCUGGCUCGGCUUUGCGCAUUCUGUUUACCUUGUCUCUCAGCACACAUCAUCAUCACGAGGCCACAAAGGGACUGCUUGUUGACAGCUCUGCGUGGUCGGCGACGGCAACACUGUCACGUCGCCACCUUCGUCUCCUUGUACAAUCAACAUCAACUUUGAGCCGUCCACGCUGCGAGAGUGCGAGAGAGAAAGAGAGAGAGAGGAGAGAGAGAGAGAGAGAGAGAGAAGCGAGGGGAGAGACCCCCUCACGUCGAGGCAGGCGACAGAAAGGUUACCAAGCUGUGGCAUCGAUCUGAUCGAUGGGCAGCGACGUCAACAUUUCGGGCAGCGACGAGGUAGCUCAGCGAUCCUCUCGUUGACGACUCUGAGCCGCGAGCCGGCUGCCUCGUCCGACGCCGCUGUGCGAACCACGGACAUUCCUGCUUCGCCGCAUUCGCGAUCGUUCGCUCCUCCCAUGGCACUGCUUGCAC